AUACACAGGAAGUGGAGUUCUUCCUGAGGGAGUCCACCUGCGGCCAAGCCUUUCUCGCUUCGCGAAAGGGUCGCUUCUCCCUCGUGGCCUUUUUCUGCGCUCUGCUGUUUCCGCCAUGGCGGACGCUGAGCCGACGGCGGCCGGUCGGUCGCUCACCGAAGACGAAAUGGCGGAGGUGAAAAAGGAAGUUUUAGAACGAUUACGCCGCUAUCUGUGUGACAAAAUAAUUGCAGAAAGACACUUCGACUACCUACGUUCAAAGAAAAUAUUGAGUAGAGAGGAUACUGAAGAAAUCUCUUGUCGAACCUCAAGUAGGAAAAAGGCUGGGAAACUGCUGGAUUAUUUAGCAGAACAUCCAAAAGGACUAGACACAUUGAUAGAAUCUAUCAAAUGUGAAAAAACACAAAACUUCCUGUUAGAAAAAAUAACUGAUGCCGUCUUGAAAGCAAAAAAUGAAAAACUUGAAAGUCUUAAAGGAACAUGUUGUACCAACUGCAUGGCUUUAGUAUGUGAGCAAGCAAGCAAUAUCUCUAGAUCGCAGUCAAAUGACUCUAAUUUUUUUGAAAAACAAAGAGACAGAGAAAACACCUACCUUCAUCCAGAAGAAUAUAGUACAGCUGCUUUUGUAUCUGCUUCUUCUCUUUGUUCAAUGAAUUUACCUAUUACAGAGGUUGGAAACAUGGAAAAUUCAGUUUUCUCUACUCUUCCUGGACCUGGAGAUCCUGGAGCACCUCCUAUUCCAACAGAAUUGCAGAGUGAGCAAGAGGAAAUAUCCACCACUUCCAGUGACAAUCCCUUUCUACCUUUACGAUCCCGCUCAAUUCUUCCAUAGUGGUGGUUUUUCUUGAACAACUUUGAAAAGAUAAAUAUUGUGUUGGAUGUUGCCUUAUAUACUUUUUUGCAAAAAAAAGUUUUAUCUGUAAAAUUUCUUACUGUACUUGGUUGUAUUGCUUUUGAAAACUGAAAGUAGGCAUUUGCCAAAAAAUAUUCAUGUUUAAGUAAUCAUGAAGCUGCUUGUAUUAUGCAAAUUAUAAUACAACCCUGUACAUAAAUAUUCAGAAGUAAGCCCCACUGAUUUCAAAGGGAUUUAUAAGUAAGUAAAUAGCAGCCUUGCUAUAUUGAAAAACAAUAUGGGAAUACCUAAAAAGAUUUAAUAUUUCUACACUUUAGUAAAAAGUUUACUAUGUUCAUUCAGUUCAUAAUAUCAGACAACUUCAUUUUCUUCUUACAUAGUGGCAGACAAAAUAGUUGCAGAAAUUAUGUCACAUAGAUUCCUGAUUACUGUACUAAAAGGUUUAUCUAAUUAUGCAAAUCAAUCACAAGGACAAUUAUUUUGCAUAGAGAAACUCCAGAUUGAUGUUUGGAGUUAAUUUCUCUUACAGCUAUUACCUUGGAAUAAAGUUUUCAACUGAAAACAGUUCAGUUGCACUGAGCACUCUUGGGGCCAUGGUGGCUCACGUGAUGAGACGCUGAGGUUACGCACCGCUGAAGCUGACAACUCGGCUUGAUUCCCGUGAGUAAAUAAACCGCAGAGGGACAAGGAAGGAGCCUCUCCUGAUUGCCUACCGGCAAUAAGGCAUCCCAAGGGUAAAGAUAACACCGCCCGAAAAAAUUCCUUUCUACAGAGGCAGCCUUGGUGAUCCCUGGCUAACACGUGCCAUAGGCUAAAUAAAUAAUAAAUAAAAACUGAACACUUAAGAAAAUAUUCUUAAUGUUCAAAAAAUAUUGCAUUCUGUUGAACAGAAGGAUCAGGAAGUAAUGAGAACCUCAGCAAAAAGGGACAUACUUCUGAAUUACAGUAUCAUGACUAUUUGAAGAUUGAUUGGUCUCAUACAGGUGCUCCUUGUUUAUUGGUUGUUCACUGACCUGCUAAAUGAGUGGUGCUUAAUCCAUAAAAUUCUGGCUGUUUUGGCGCACAUACGCACCCGCAGUCACCUGAACGUAAUCCAGGCAGCCUGCAAUCAUCACUGCAUCCCACAGUCAUGUGAUCCUAAUUUGCUACCUUCCUGCUUCUGACAAGCAAAAUCGAGGAAGCUGGUAGUUGCAAUAAUUUGAUGUCCUUGCUUAACAUCUUGUACAGUCUUGUUUAACAGUGUAACUAGAGAUUUCUGGAAAUGCCAAUAACUAAGCAGUAUGGUCAUGUGAUGUACUUUACAAUUGCAUCACAUGAUGGAAAGUCCAAAUAUCGCUUUAAACAAGGAUUAUCUUUUAUUCUGAAUUAUUGAAUUAUCCAAGUAUAAAAGUAGAAAACUAUAGCAAUUAAGAAAUCCCUUUUGAAUUGGGGAGUUUAUAAGAUGUUAGGCAUUAAAUGUAUUUAAUUCUUUAAGAAUUGGAGCGUAAAAUAUCUGUAGCAUACUUACUUGACUAAGUUUGAGCUUAGUGGAGCUUACUUCUAGUGGAUAUAGUUUAAGUUUGCACUUUUACAAUCUUGAGAAUAUUUCUAAAAUGAAACUUCUCAAUUUUCUUGCUUAUUUCUCAAGGUGAAACAAUGUUUUGUUGGACACAUAAUUUGUACUAUGCCAUCUCAGGGAAUAUAAAAUAUUUCAUUUUUUUUCUCAUGGCUUGAUGAGGUGCAACACUGUAAAGAAGAUAUUCAGUUUAAAGGAUAUUUAUUUUCUAGGUAGCAUAAAACAUUUCUUUCUCUUUUGCCAUUUUUGUUUCUGGGCCAAUAACAAACAGUACUUUAGAUUAAAUUCAAAUUUUACUAGCCAAAAGAAAAACAACUUCCAUGGGCUUCUGGGACAGCAAAA